AUGGCUUUGAACCCAACACCGAUUACAUCGGGCCAGGCAGUCCAGAGUCCUCUCCCUGAACUUUUCAUUGCUUCACAUAGGACCACAACCUCCGCAAUGCAUGAUAUCGCCUACAUUGGCAACCUAGCUCAAUGGCCGAACUUCACGUCAGAGGUUAGCGCUAAAGCGAGCGAACCUUGGUCCUCGGUUGUCGUUGAUCUUGAAAUUCAAGCCCGCGAUAUCAAGCGAGAAGAUGUAUAUAUCGCCGAUGAAAUGGGCCUUCGUGGACGGUUUCAACAGUCUGUGGGUCAAGUUCUUGGGACGGUCUUCAGAGCGGAGAACGUGAACAUUCGCUUUGCUGACUUCAAGUCGGCUGGUAUUCCCUACAGGAAGACACCGGAUAUUGCUCUGGUACGAUACAAUCGCCCCUUUACACUCAAGGCUGUAGGCGAGCUCAAAGUCCCCUGGAUUGAUGACCACGGACUGGCGGCGCGGCGUUCGGAUGAUAGCCUGUGGCGUGCUACCAUUGGGCAAGUAGCCGAAUAUAUGAUUGACAAAAGGGUUCCAUAUGGGUUUCAUUCCACCUAUACAGAAACUGUAUUCCUACGAUAUAUCUGUGUUAACGGAAUGUGGCGGAUGGAAUACUCACCCAUCAUCGACAACGAGGGCACUGGAGUUUCAGUAAAGCAAUGUUUUUGGUACUUCUCAUCGCUGGCGCUUGGCGGGCGGCCUAUUAGAGACCGGACUGACAAGGACGAUUUGAUCUCUCGCGAUUGA